AUGGGUAGUGGUGAAAGCAAAGGUCCCGUCAGACCAACUCCUGAUUUUGUACUUAAUGCAUCAUAUAAUUCUCAUGUGGUGAGAGCGGGAGUUGUUGAAAGAGAUUUGCAAGGAAGUUUAAGAGGCUUACUAAAAUAUAAUGACGAUUUUAAGCAUCAAGCAAGACACAUGUCCUCAAAUACAACCGUUGGUGUCCUCAUGGAGACUGCUAGAAAAGAUGGAAAUUCCAAUUUAAUAUAUAAUAACUGUCAAGAUACCGUUAAUAAAGUACUAAAUAAUAGUUUUUAUCCAUCUAACCAAAGAUGA